ACAGCCGACAGCCCCAUGCUGUUUCAGUCAAUGAUGUAGCCCGACCUAAUGCAAAACUUGUAAAACAGCCCCCGGUUCUCUCUCAUCUCACUCUGACAACUCAACCACCGACAUAACCCGUCGUGUCAUCGCUACACAGCAGAGAUUGUGGAAUGUUGCUGGACGAGAGCCCCCUGUUCGAGCCCUCUCUGCUCCAGGAGCUGGACUGGAGUAGCAACACUGUGUCCUUCUCUCCCCCAAUCUCGCCCUCCAGCCCAGGCCAAGGCCUGGUGCUCAGGCCCCUCUGCACGGCAGACUUUAACAGGGGAUUCUACAAGGUUUUGUCUCAGCUCACCCUGGCAGGAGAUGUCACACCAGAGCAGUUCAUUAAGAAAUUUGAGCAUAUGAAGAAGACAGGAGACUACUAUGUCAUCGUGGUGGAAGACACAAACCUGGGGCGGAUUGUUGCCACAGCGACGCUGAUCACAGAGCACAAAUUCAUCCACUCCUGUGCUAAGAGAGGCCGGGUAGAGGAGGUAGUAGUCAGUGACGUCUGCAGAGGCAAACAGCUGGGGAAACUGUUAGUUUCAACCCUUACUCUUCUCAGCAAAAAACUGGGUUGUUACAAAAUCACACUGGAAUGUGCAGCCAACAAUGUGGCUUUCUACCAAAAGUUUGGCUACUCUGCCUCUGAAGAGACCUACAUGCAGUGUCGCUUCUUCGACUGAAGACACAGGAGACUUUAAACCCCCUUUUUUCUGCGGUUUGUUCUCCACUAUAUAGACCCAUUGAGAUCAGGACUUGCAGAGCCUCUGACUCUAGGAGUGCUGCUCGAGAGUGUGUCGUGCCUUUUGGAUUACAAAAGGUUGAGGUGUCCCGUAACACUAACCACAUUUUUUCAGUGUGCACUUCUUUGAAAAUUCAUAAGAAAAUACACGCUCAAGCCCUCAUCUCAGUCAAAUACCAUCCCCUGCCCCUUUAAGGCUACCUCACCAGGGUGGAGCUCUGACAUCGUGGUACCCCACCCUCUGAAGAAAGGAAUGUCAGUUACGCUUCAUACAAUUUUCUUCUUUAAAUUCUUAUUUUGUUACAUUGUAAUUUAUCAAAUUACUGCAUACUGACCAAAAGAAAAUACCUAACAUAUCUGGUAGGAUUCUAUUAUAUAAUUGCAAUAAAUGCAAUUAUUGUUUGGAAAAUCAAGAUUGUACUAAGUUCUAGCUCGAAAGCAGCUAAAUUUUCAUUGGCAAGAACUACUGUCAAGUUUUUUUUUUUUUUUUUUUUUUUUUGAACAAGAUGAGCAGCAUGUGAUGUACUGUAAGCCACCUCAUUUGAACUCAACCUCAGAUGAACUUAGCCUGUUCUGUCACAUUACUAAUUCAGCCUCAACAGCCCAACUUUACUUUUGUUCACCACAAAUUAUAAGAUCAAAUGUGAAAUGUCAGCUGUCUUAAAUGCUUAUCACUGAGGAAAAACUUGAGUUGGCACCCCCACCCUGAAUUAACUUUUGUUUUUGCGCAGGCAUUUAAAAAAAAAAAAAAAAAAAAAAAAACAGAAAUUGGCUUUGGGUUUAUUCUGUCCUUUGAUUAGGAAGAGCUAUGAGUUGAUUAUUAAUAUCUCUGAAGACUUUGCUCUUCCUCUCGGGUCAUUUUUUUUUUUUUUCCUGGGGAUGUAUGAUGAUUCUAAUAGAAAACAAAGAAUUCCUGUCAAGUCAAGACUGUUAUUGUAAUGUACAUUUCUUGUGAAUAUUUGAAAACUUUUAUAUUUUAUAAGGAAGUGGUGAGACGUUGACAAAAGGUUCUGAAAGUUUUGUAUUUGGAAAACGUAAGAAAUUUGAUCACAGUUGUGAUUAGGAUCAAAGGAUUUGUGUGAUGAGAUGUAGACAAAAUGUCUUCUUAAAAUAUCUAUCUUAUUUAAGUUUUUGUAGUAAAUUUGUUUAAUUAUGCUGGACUUCUUGUGGGGAAAUGGGGAAAAUAUUUAAUGUAAUUUAUUUACAUUUAUGUACGGUAAUAGUCAAAUAAAAUAGCCUACGAUCUGCCAUAGUUUCUCUGAUUUCUACAUUCAGAAAAAUCCUCAAGACAAACAGGUUAAAAGUGUACAACAAACUAACUUUUGACUAUCAAGAGUUCUGUUCUUUCUAGUAAAUCAUUCAGGUUAUGACUGAUCAGAAUAAAAACUUAAAUUUGUAUGACU